UAGGGCAGCAAUGAGGUCCUUUAAGUGUAACAUGGCAAACGCCACAUGUUCGUGGUAAACAUCUCUGUUGAAGUGCGUUUUUAAAACCUCGUUUCACGAUGGAGUCUGUAGAUAACACGACAGCGGAGGUGACUUCUACUGUUAUGGACUGUGAUGGAAACACAGACGCGUUUCAGAAAGUGAAGUCGAAGAAGAGUCAUAAACGCAAGCGAGCCUCGUCUGAAGUGAACAUGCAGGAGGAGGAUUCAGUGGCGGCCAAGAGACCGCAGUUCCCGGCCUUAUCUGGAGACCAGCUCAAGGGAGGUUUGGAUGAGAUGCGUAAAGUGUCUGUUCCCGCUCACCGAUACACACCUCUGAAAGAGAACUGGAUGAAGAUCUACACACCCAUCGUGGAGAACCUUCUGCUUCAAGUGCGGUUCAAUCUCAGGACAAGACACGUCGAGAUUAAAACGUGUAAAGAGACUCAAGACAUCAGUUCUCUGACCAGAGCUGCAGACUUCGUCAAGGCGUUCGUUCUAGGCUUUCAGGUGGAGGACGCACUCGCUCUGAUCAGACUAGAUGAACUGUUUUUGGAAACGUUUGAUGUCACAGAUGUCAAACCUUUGAAAGGAGAUCAUUUAUCCAGAGCCAUCGGCAGGAUAGCAGGGAAGGGAGGAAAAACCAAGUUUACCAUCGAGAACGUGACAAAAACCCGGAUUGUGCUCGCAGACACGAAGGUUCAUAUAUUGGGAUCUUUCCAGAAUAUUAAAAUGGCACGGACAGCGAUAUGCAACCUUAUUCUCGGGAGUCCACCGUCGAAGGUGUACAGCAACAUCCGUGCCGUGGCGAGUCGCUCAGCGGAGAGGUUUUAAAACCCUUUCUAACAUCAUGAACUGAUCCAGAAACUGCAGAUAUAUAUAUAUAUAUAUCCCCGAAUCAGACGAUGAACGAUCUGAAACACCAAUGGACAGACUCCUCAAGCAAUGCAUCACUGAUCCUUCAGAGAAUAAACACAUCAUGAAUUAAGACGCGUGUGGAUCCAUUCAGUAGUCAAGUUUUAAAUGUUUAUUGUUUCAUAUAGUAUCAUCAAGUAGUUCACAUAUCCCACAGAAGUUAAUUUGAUGCAGCAUGCAGAAUAGACAUCCCAUAACUGACGUGUGUAUUGUGCCUUUAUGUGUACGAGAUACCCAUUUCAUUCAGCAAAAGUUGCAGGAAAAUGAUUUUCUUAAAGCAUGAAUUUCUUAAAAGAAGUGUAUUUACAAGACAAAGGGCAAAUGAUCAUGACCGGAUGAAAUGUUGGUUUCUAAUUUGGCAACAUCUGGUUCUUCUGAUAUCGAGUUCACAGCUGACGUGUAAACGGCUGGAACGGGUUAAACUGAAAUACAUGCAGAAAGGAACUAGAUGACCCCGCAGAAGUGGCGAUCCGAGUAAACGGGCCAGAGAUGAGUUUGGUGAAGCUGCUCUCGUCAUGCAUGUAAACAUUCAGAGUCAAUUAAUGUAGAACUUUAAGCCACAGUCUCGUUGGAAAUAUACUUGACUACACCGAAUUGUUAGAUGCUUUAAAGCUCAUGUACUGUGCAAUACACGCGUUCACCGAAGCACGAGGGAAUCCUGCUGCAUUUACAUGCGAGUUUACAAAAGAU